AUGGAUCCCGACCAAACGACGGCGACGAAGAAGCAGAAGCAGAAGCAGGAGGAGGAGGAGGAGGAGGAGGAGGGCCGUCUCCCGGCGCGGACAGGUUGCCUCUCGCCGAGGCUGGAGCUGCUGCCCUCGCCGUGGGGUCCCGCCCGCUCGCCUCCUCCGCCACCGCUGCCCCUGCCUCGCCUGCCCCCCGCGCUCCUUUGGGCAGAGCACUAUGUCCGGAGCGACCUGCGGGCAGCCGGGCAGCCCCCUCCUCCUCGCGGGGCACGCCGCCCUCCGCCGCCCGCGGAGCUGGAGCUGCUAACGCGGACCCCGCACUGGCCGCCCGGGCACAGCCUGCCCCGCAGAGAGACCCCCGCCGCCCCCGCCGCCACUGCCACCACCGCCACCGCCUCCACCAACAGCCUCGCCACCAGCCCCACCCGCAGCAGCAGCACCACCAGCGACGGGGAAGGAGGAGGAGGAGGAGGAGGGGGCAGCACCAGCAGCUCGGGCUCGCUCAGCACCAUGGACCUCUCCUUCAUGGCCGCCCAGAUCCCCGUGAUGGGAGGAGCCUUUAUGGACUCACCCAACGAGGACUUUAGUACGGAGUAUUCCUUGUUUAAUUCCUCUGCCAAUGUCCAUGCAGCGGCCUCAAUGCCAAGCCAGCCGGAAGAGGCAUCACGUUCCUCAAACGAUGCCAUAUUGUUAUGGAUUGCCAUUAUAGCCACGAUUGGGAACAUUGUAGUUGUUGGAGUUGUGUAUGCCUUUACCUUCUGAAAAGAAAGGAGGAUGGUCUGAAGAGGUGGAGGAUUGCUUUGCUGUCUUUCAUGAGUGCAGACGUGUAUGUGUGUGUGAACAGACAGAGCGAUAGAUAGAUGCGCACAUACCUGUACAAAAAUGUAUAUCUUUAUAAAUACAUGUGGGUAGAUGCUGUUUAUUACCUAAGACAAAGUUUAAACCGUUGGCAAAACUUCCCAGAAAAUAUUUGGAAGCUUUUGUAAAUGAUGUCAGGGAUGAAAUGCCUAAUAUAUAGCAUUAACCUGAUAAAUGUUAAUUUUCUGUAAAAGGCCCAUGUGAAAGAAAAGAGAGGAGUGUUUGGUUUAGAGUCUGUUUUUUACUGGUUGGUAAAUUUGUUGCUCUUUUUCUCCUCUUGCAGUGAGAUUGUAGUAUCUAAUCUACUGCUGAAUUGGAAUUCGAAACAUGUAUUUGUGCAAAUGUGCUACACCUCUUACAUUUUCUGCCGACCUUAUUCUCUUGCUCUCCAGAGACGAAAAGCAAGUAGGAAUCUAAAUCUGUUCUGCUUUGUUUUAAAAGGGAAGGUUAUGGCAAGGUGGCAUGUAAGAAGUGGCAUUUUCUUUUGUUCUUUACAAAGCCCUGCAAGUCAAAUGCACGUUAUUCACAGAAAUGUCAUAAUCGAUCUGUUUGAUAUUGGAGGCCUGGUUUAGUUUGCUCACGCUUCACCUAUCAGAGAAAGAAAAUGGCACAGAUUUCUAGAAAGCUUCUCCAUCCAACUGUGUAAAUUUAAACUAGCAUAUAGUCAGUGUUCCACAUUCACUGGGGUUGGGGACACAGGACCUCUGCAAAAGUAGAAAAAAAUGCAAGUAAAAAUCCCACUGGAUUUUUUUUAACUUGAAAAACUAUCUCUCUGGGAAGCUUUUAGUCCUCCAGCAUGACUCUAAGGUCAACCACCACUAGAAAGACUUGGAGAUUGGGAGAAAGGCAUUCUCUCUAAUAAGAUAUUGCUCUAGGUGCUCCAAAGUGACUAGAGAACAUCAGGCAGAAGAUGAUCACAGGGUUACACUGUAGAGCAGUGGUUCCCAACCUGUGGGCCACAAGACCUAAAAUCAGGUUCACGAAACAUGCGGAUAAUAACAUAGUCCAACCAAUAAAAAAACUUUCUUGGUGUCUUUGUUUUUAGGUCUAUUUCUGAGGUUAUUUGGAGUGCUGAUUCAGACAAUUGCAUUGGAUAGACCACAUCAACUCUAGAUUAUUAAAUAUGGUUUUCUGUGGGCGAGGAGAUGGUGACUACUGGAUGGCAUAUGUUCUGUAUCAGAAACUUGACCUGAGAUGGUCUAUCCAAUGCAAUUUUCUGAAUUAGCACAUCAAAUAACCAAACCUAAUCUAAAGUUCACCAAAAACUGAUUUGUAACCCUUUUGGUACUGAUGUUGGAGAGUGGUCCCUGGUCAAAGUGGUCCUUGGCCAAGUGGUCCCUGGUCAAAGUAAUCCCUGGUCAAAAAAAGCUUGGGAACCACUGCUGUAGAGCUUAAACAUUCUUAGAGAACAUUUUAAUCAAAUCCAUGAAUAAUCAAAUCUGGAAAAGGUAAACUCGUUAAUAUGGAAGGCCAAUUUUACUGGGUGUAAAAGCAUCAUGAUACUGGGCCCUAUAUUGAAGCAUAUGUUUUCAAUAAUAUGUUUGGUAGGUCAUCAUUUUGCUCUUGAGUGGGGAACAUGAUGACAUUAAUCUAAGAAGUUCUGUGCAUAUGCAAUGGUUCUUCUGAUCACCAUUAAGUGCACUCAAGUUUCUGUCUGUAUGCAAUACAAUAUGGAGUCUGUUCGGUACUAGAGAUCUAUAAUAAUUUAAUUUUUGGUUUCCUCAGUUUCGUAGAGAUAGAUGUCAAAGCAAAAGGUCUUCAUUACCAUAUUACUCCUUUAAACAGGAGUGCUUCUUGGUGGAGAAUUCCUAGUGCUACUAAUCCAAUAUCAUUCUGCAGCUAUUCCAUCUUUUCCUCUAUAACAUAAUAAAAUUAAAAGUUGCGGGAAAACAUGGGAAGGUUCCAAAUUGAAGUUGAUGGCAUCUGGGUCAGUAAUAAAAUUACAUGAAUAAGGCAGGAUGAUCAAAUCAUGAGAAUUUCCUCUGGAAGCACCACAAUAGUUUUAAGGAAUGUCUGUCCUGUUACAUACCAUGAAGGAAUUGGAGAAAGUGGGUCAAGGAAAGUUUUACCUCUUUCCCCUGCCUUUGCUGUGUGCCCUGUUUAAAAAUUAAACUUGGGAAAAUUUCCUUCCUUGGACUACAACUGCCAGAAUCACAAAAGUAGAAAUUAUUAUUUUUUGCAUGAUAAAGAAGAAGGUCAUGACAGCAAAUGCUCUAAAAAUAUCCUUCCAGUUUUUUGCCAUUUAUUCUUCUGCCAUAGCCAAAAGUGAACCUUAACAUUUCAGUGAAAAUAUCUUACACUGAAGUCUGAAAUUUUAUAUGUGAUGAGACAUUUGAGACUAGUAGUCUAAUCCUAUAGAUUAUUUGCAGAAGUUCAGUGGAAAAAUAUACCCUAGGGCUAUAAUCCUGAACAUCAUUAUUGAGGAGGCAGGAUCCAUGGGAUGCAGUGAAUAAACACUCGUAGGACUGGGUGGGCUAUGAUGCUUCUUACCCAAAUUACUACAAAGGUAAAGGUGUUAUCUUUUUUAAAAAAAAAUCCUAAGAAAGUGCCAUUAGAUACAAAAUGACAGCUAACAGCUAUUUAUAGCCAGUUUCUCAAAUACACGGACGGAACUGUGUAGCGAUUGCAUUGUAAUUACUGUACAUAUUUCCACAGUUUAGAUUUUAGGUUGCUACUUACAACAUGCCAAAACAGGAACUGUAUUGUCAAAGGGCAGUGUUUUGACUAUAAUUUACAAAUGUUAAUUCUAUGGGAAAAUGCAAAUUUAGAAGAAAUGAUUCUAGAUCAAAUAGAAAUGCAGUACCUCACACCGUAGUGAGGAAGACCGGAACUGGAUCAGCAUAUUUCCAUGGCUGUCCUACUGUCCAGGUGUUGAUGGUUAAUGUUCAAGGCUGCUGGUCUUUUUUCUUAUGCUUUUUUCUGGGGAUGGAAAAGUCUUGUCAGUUUUACUUUUUCCCACACUUCUUUUUUAAAAGUAGGGUUCAUCUUAUUCUGAAUAUGAAGACUUCUGUGCAUUUUUGGUAACUUCCUAAAAUCCAGUUGUAACAAAGGAUAUAGCUACUAUGUAGAAUUAAUGCACCACUUUAAUUACUGUAUUUUCCGGCGUAGUAGACAACUGGAGGUAUAAGACGACUCCCAACUUUUCCAUCUAAAAUUGAGUAUUUAGGAUAUACUUGCCAUAUAAGACCACUCCUCUUUUUUUGUAGUAGCUUGAGAGAGCUUUCUUCUCUCUGGGCUUGAGGGUCGUCUUCUGCCGGAAGCUCAUGGUGAGGGAAAGCCAGCAUAGGCCUGCGACAGCGGCAAAGACAACCCAGCAGUCUCUAUGGCAAUGCAGCUUGCCGCUCCUGCUCCCUGCACCCUCC